AUGGAUAACGGCAUCGUUAAACUCGAGUUAACAAAACCGUCUGGCUUGAUCUCAGGCAUAUCGUACGGUGGAGUCAACAAUGUCCUCGAAUACAAGAAUAAAGAAACACAAAGAGGGCUCCACAGCACAAGUUUCAGGGUCAUAUCACUAACUAAAGAGCAAUUAGAAGUUUCGUUUAAUAUAACAUGGAACGUGUCCCUUGGCGUUCAUAAUGCUUCGAGGAGUUUCAGGGUUCUACUCAUAUGCAAUAUUCGAACACAAGAAAGGUUUCACUACAUGGUUAUAUCGGACGACAGGCAGAGGAUCAUGCCAACAGACGAUAACCGAAAACAAGGGCGAACGCUCGACUAUAAAGAAGCUGUUUUAGUCAGAAAUCCUGUCGAUUCCAAACUCAUAGAAGAGGUGGAUGACAAGUAUCAAUACUCGUGUGAGAACAAGGAUAGCCAUGUGCACGGUUGGAUAAGUGCUAACCGACACGUAGGAUUUUGGGUCAUUACACCAAGUGAUGAGUUUCGAGCGGGUGGUCCUGUUAAACCUGAUCUUACUUCUCAUGCUGGUCCAACUUCCUUAGCAAUAUUCUUUAGCAACCAUUAUUCUGGUCCAACUUUUGGGGUUACAUUGCGUAAUGGAGAGCAGUGGAAAAAGGUUUUUGGACCCGUUUUCAUAUACCUGAACUCGAAUUCAGUGGACAAACCAAGUACACUUUGGGAAGAUGCCAAAAAACAGAUGUCUGCAGAAUCCAAGAAAUGGCCUUACGACUUCCCGUUAUCGAACGACUUCCCUCGUUCAAAUCAACGUGGUACAUUUAAUGGUCGUUUAUUAGUCAAUGACAGGUACAUUAACAAAGAUCAUUUUCCGGCAAAAUCAGCAUAUGUGGGAUUGGCUCGACCUGGAGACGUGGGGUCCUGGCAAGAUGAUGCUGAGGGCUAUCAAUUUUGGACACAAACUGAUGAAAAUGGCUACUUCAGGAUAAGAAACAUUCGAUCGGACACUUAUAAUUUGUAUGCUUGGGUGCCAGGGUUUAUUGGAGACUUUAGACAUGAUAAAAAUGUUACCAUCCGAUCAGGGGAAGAAAUUCAAAUAGGUGAGCUUGUGUAUGAUCCUCCAAGAAACGGUCCCACUCUAUGGGAAAUCGGGAUUCCUGAUCGAACGGCUUCUGAGUUCUACAUUUCCGAUCCUGCCCCUGAGUUUAUGAACAAGUUAUACAUCAAGUAUCCUGAAAAGUUCAGACAAUAUGGUUUAUGGGACAGAUACACAGAUUUAUACCCUACACAUGAUCUCGGGUAUCUGGUUGGGGUGAGCGAUUUUCGGAAAGACUGGUUUUUCGCUCAUGUCAACAGGAAGGCAGACAAAAAGAAGUAUAUGCCAACAACAUGGAAUAUUUCAUUUGACGUGAAAAAUGUCUCGAGGAAUGAAAACUACACGCUCAGGCUUGCUCUGGCAUCUGCCACCUUAGCUGAAAUACAAGUAAGAGUGAACGACCCGAAUAGAAAGAGCGCCCAAUUUACGACAGGGCGGAUAGGAAAGGACAAUGCGAUUGCAAGGCACGGUAAUCACGGGAGGUAUUGGCUUUAUAGUGUUAAUGUAAUGGGAUCCCAGCUUGUGAAUGGAAAUAACAUAAUCUAUCUAAAGCAAGCGAGAGGCGGAAGUCCUUUUACGGGCGUUAUGUAUGAUUACAUUCGCCUGGAAGGCCCGUCUACAGGGCUGUUACCAAGUCGAUGA